AUGCCACCAAAUACCACCCCAGUCCGCCCUCUGCAGCAACUCCUCACGCCCUCUCGCCCCGAGCGAGUCCGGCCCAACAGGGAAAUGCGCCCGCAAGACAUCAUCGCCCGCUCCGACCUGGCCAGGAUCAUUGAAGAAGAAGUAGCAUUCGCCCAGCGCGAAAUCGUGGCUCGAAUCGACUACAUCCUGAAGGAACUCCUGACCGAAACCGAUCCCACACGUCGCAAAGAGGGAUUGGAGCUCCUCAAUCGCUUGCAGAUGGAUGACUUGGAGGAUUCCAACCGCAAGAUCCUGGCCUAUCGCGUCGAGUUGACGCAGCGGAAUCGCGCGUUGGCGCAGUAUGAGAGGGAGUAUCAGCAGGAUUGUGCGAGGGGAUGA